AUGCAUUCUGAACCAGAUUUUAUAAAAAGUAACUGCCUUUAUUUUUACAAAGAAGAACUACAAAAUAUUUGUAAGUUAUCAGAGUUUGAUGAUAAGCAGAAGACUAUGGCAUUGAAGCUAAUUGAAAAAUAUGAAAUAGACAAAAAAAAGUAUGCAGAAUUGCUAAAAACUUAUAAGAACCAAAUUACAGCCUAUUCAAUUAAAUUAGAUAUUUUUAAGAACAGACUUAAAUUAUUGGCUAAUAUUGCAAGGUUUGCAAAUUUUAUAAUUUACAUAAUGUUCAUUCAAGCUAACAUAUCUGUUAGUAGACAUAAAGUACAAGAAAAACAGAUAAUGUUAGGUUAUAAUUUAUUAACAACUAAUCCAAACUCUAAAUUAUCACAAGGAAUUAAAUAUGACCUUGAUAAUAAGAUAGAUGAAGAGGAGUAUGACAUAAAAUGA